CGGCGGCCGCGCUGCGUCCACCACGGGCGGCGGCCAGGGCGAGCCUGGGGGAUCCCACCUACGCUCCCCUAGUGUGCCCUGCGCCCCGCAUGUGACCCGGGCAAGCCCUCCCCCCCCCCCAUCACCACCACGAGUGUGCCUCGCCGUAGCUCCGGCAUCAGCUCUCCAGCCUCCCCCCCUUUCCCCGCUCGCCCGGGAUGGCCGCGGCCAAGGCCGAGAUGCAGCUGAUGUCCCCGCUGCAGAUCUCUGACCCGUUCGGCUCCUUUCCUCACUCUCCCACCAUGGACAACUACCCCAAGCUGGAGGAGAUGAUGCUGCUGAGCAACGGGGCACCCCAGUUCCUUGGUGCCGCCGGGGCCCCGGAGGGCAGCGGUGGGAACAGCAGCGGCGGUGGCAGCGGCACCGGGGGCAGUGGAGGUGGAGGGGGCGGCAGCAACAGCGGCAGCGGCAGCGGCGCCUUCAACCCUCAGGGGGAGCCGGGCGAGCCACCCUACGAGCACCUGACCGCAGAAUCUUUUCCUGACAUCUCUCUGAAUAACGAGAAGGUGAUGGUGGAGACCAGUUAUCCCAGCCAGACCACUCGGUUGCCUCCCAUCACCUACACCGGCCGCUUCUCUCUGGAGCCUGCACCCAACAGUGGCAGCACUCUGUGGCCUGAGCCCCUCUUCAGCCUGGUCAGUGGUCUGGUGAGCAUGACCAACCCUCCGGCCUCUUCGUCCUCAGCACCAUCUCCGGCCUCCUCUUCGUCCUCUGCCUCCCAGAGCCCGCCGUUGAGCUGUGCAGUGCCAUCCAACGACAGCAGUCCGAUCUACUCCGCGGCGCCCACCUUCCCCACGCCAAACACUGACAUUUUCCCCGAGCCGCAAAGCCAAGGCUUUCCAGGCUCCACAGGCACAGGGCUCCAGUACCCACCUCCUGCCUACCCUGCUGCAAAGGGUGGCUUCCAGGUUCCCAUGAUCCCUGACUACCUGUUUCCGCAACAGCAGGGAGACCUGGGCCUGGGCACCCCAGACCAGAAGCCCUUCCAGGGUCUGGAGAGCCGCACCCAGCAGCCUUCGCUUACUCCGCUUUCCACUAUCAAGGCCUUUGCCACCCAGUCGGGCUCCCAGGACCUAAAAGCACUUAAUACUACCUACCAGUCCCAGCUCAUCAAACCCAGCCGCAUGCGCAAGUACCCCAACCGGCCCAGCAAGACACCCCCCCACGAACGCCCCUACGCCUGCCCAGUGGAGUCCUGUGAUCGCCGCUUCUCUCGCUCGGAUGAGCUCACCCGCCACAUCCGAAUCCACACGGGCCAGAAGCCCUUCCAGUGUCGGAUCUGCAUGCGCAACUUCAGCAGGAGCGACCACCUUACCACCCACAUCCGCACCCACACAGGCGAGAAGCCCUUUGCCUGUGACAUCUGUGGGAGAAAGUUUGCCCGCAGCGAUGAACGCAAGAGGCAUACCAAGAUCCACUUGCGACAGAAGGACAAGAAAGCAGACAAAAGUGUUGUGGCCUCCCCAGCCACCACCUCCCUCUCUUCCUACCCGUCCCCGGUCACUACCUCUUACCCGUCCCCGGUCACUACCUCUUACCCAUCUCCGGCCACCACUUCAUACCCAUCUCCUGUGCCCACCUCCUACUCCUCUCCUGGUUCCUCAACUUACCCCUCCCCUGUGCACAGUGGCUUCCCCUCACCCUCAGUGGCCACCACCUACACCUCGGUUCCAUCUGCUUUCCCUGCCCAGGUCAGCAGCUUCCCUUCCGUGUCUGUCACCAACUCCUUCAGCGCCUCAACUGGGCUUUCGGACAUGACCGCCACCUUUUCUCCUAGGACAAUUGAAAUUUGCUAAAGGGGAAAAAAGGAAACAAAAGAAAAUGGCAGGCAAAAAGAGAGAGAGAGAGAGAGACAUAAAGGACAGGAGAUGGCCAUAGGAGGGGGACCUCUUAGGUCAGAUGGAAGUUCUCAGAGCCAAGUCCUUCCUCUACUCGAGAGUGGAAGGCCUGUUGGCCUCCAGUCCUUCCUGCCCACCUCCCCUUUCUCCCUGUUUCCUAUUCCCUUUGACUUCAGCUGCCUGAAACAACCAUGUCCAAGUUCAGUCCUCACCUCUAUCCAAAGAACUUGACUUGCAUGGGUAUUGGAUAAAACAUUUCAGUAUCAUCUCCAUCAUCUGCCUGACCCCUUGCUUCCUUCAGUGCUAGAAAAUCAAGUUGGCAAACUGGGUCUGGGCCCUCAGAACCCUGCCCUGUAUCUUUGUACAGCGUCUGUGCCAUGGAUUUUGUUUUCCUCGAGGUAUUCUUGAUGUGAAGAUAAUUUGCAUACUCUAUUGUAUUAUUUGGAGUUAGGUCCUCACUUUGGGGGGGGGGAGAGAAAAAAAAAAGAAAAGCCAAGCAAACCAAUGGUGAUCCUCUUAUUUUGUGAUGCUGUGAUAAGUUUGAAGCAUUUUUUUUUUUGAAACAUCAGUCCUAGGUAUUAAUCAGAGCAUGUGUCAGAGUGUUGUUCCGUUAACCUUUUUGUAAAUAUUGCUUGACUGUACUCUCACAUGUGAUGUGACAAAAUACGGUUUGGUUUUUCUUUUUUUUUUUUUUUCUUUACUUUGAAAAAAUUUUUUUCCUGUCCUUUUGGUUUAAAAAGUUUCACGUCUCGGUGCCUUUUGUGUGAUGCGCCUUGCUGAUGGCUUGACAUGUGCAAUUGUGAGGGGUAUGCUCACCUCUAGCCUUAAGGGGGAAGGUUGUGAUGUUUGGGGAAGGUUUUAGAAGCAAAAUGAGGAAGGAGGCUGAGCUGAGCUUUGGUUCUCCAGAAUGUAAGGAAACAAAAAUUUUAAAAUCUGAACUCUCAAAAGUCUAUUUUUUUAACUGAAAAUGUAAAUUUAUACAUAUAUUCAGGAGUUGGAAUGUUGUAGUUACCUACUGAGUAGGCGGCGAUUUUUGUAUGUUAUGAACAUGCAGUUCAUUAUUUUGUGGUUUUAUUUUACUUUGUACUUGUGUUUGCUUAAACAAAGUGACUGUUUGGCUUAUAAACACAUUGAAUGCGCUUUAUUGCCCAUGGGAUAUGUGGUGUAUAUCCUUGAGAAAAAUUAAAAGAAAAAUAAAAGA